CACUGUGGUCGGCGCUGUGGGCUCCGGUAAAUCGUCCUUGCUAUAUCUGCUAUUGAAGGAACUAAAUAUUGACUCUGGUUCCGUGAUUCUCACUCAGGACUCCUCCAGGUCUAACUUUCAGGACAAUUUAUCUGAUGGUUACUCUACGAGCAAUUCAAAUUUGCGCAUAUCUUAUGCUAGUCAGGAACCCUGGAUAUUUAAUGGUACUGUGAGAGAAAACAUACUGUUUGGUCAGUUUUUUAACAGGGCCAGAUACAUGCAGGUGACAAAUGUGUGCGCCUUGAGGAAGGAUUUUCGACAGUUUCCACAGGGAGACAUGACGAUAGUCGGCGAUAGAGGUGUAUCACUGUCCGGAGGCCAAAGAAUGCGAAUCAAUCUUGCAAGAGCCGUUUAUAGAAAGGCAGAUCUCUAUUUGCUUGACGAUCCUUUAAGUGCAGUGGAUACUCGCGUUGCUAAACGUAUCUACUGGAAGUGCAUCACCGAGUUUCUCCACAACAAAACGAGGAUACUCGUCACGCAUCAGUUGCAAUUUCUUAAACUGUCGAAUCACAUUGUCGUGCUGGAUAAAGGUUUUGUUAAGAUGCAAGGAGACUAUAACAAAUUAAUACAGUUAGAUAAAGGUUUCAUUAAGAUGAUGAACAAUUUGUGUCACGAUGCGCAGAAAAAGAAAAUAGACAUGAGAGCCUCCGAAAUGAGAAGAAACACGAGACGAGACUCGGAAUUCUCGACCGCAAGUUCUACUCACUCGGAUACCAAUGUUUCGGAUUAUAUGAAGAACAGUUCGGAAACCGAGAUGAUGGCACACGGUCGUGUAUCAGGCAGAGUAUACAAGGAGUAUCUGCAUCACGGCGGCAACUAUUUCACUUUAUUUAUGCUGCUGCUGAUCUCUGUCAUCAGUCAGGUCGCCAUCACCGGAAAUGAUUACUGGACCUCAUAUUGGACUACUUUGGAAGAAAUCAGGCGUACCGGAAAUAUUAAUGACCCAGGCGACUUGAACCCAGUUAUUUUCGGCGACGCGCUAUUUUGGGAUAGUUCAUGUUGUAUGGCGCGGGGUGCCACACGAAGAAAUCAGUUUACAGAGAAACUUGGUCGAGGUGGGUUGUUCUCCAUAUGUUGCGUACUGGCAAUUAGGGCUCAGACUCCAUCUCGAUUAUCGCCGAACUAG